AUGGCAAGCACUAAUUAUAGUACCAAUUUUGACAUUGAACCAGAUACUGUCAUCUCUACUUUACCGGCACAAAGUAACAUUAGCAAUACAACUUCUUUAACAUUUCAACGAGGCACGCUAGAUGAAUCUAUUUGGGAAACUAUUAAAAGGGAUUUACUCAAUAUCAAUAACAGAUUAAAACAAGUCAUAUAUCCAAGCUGUAUAAAUAAUCGUUUGGCUACUACUGACACCGCCAUAGAUAAUAAUUCCGAUUUAUGGGCUCCUUUGCUUUUUAUUUUGAUUUAUAGUUCUAUCACUACUAAAGAAAGCUCCUUUUCCACUUUAUUUGUAAUUACUUGGGGAUUAUCCCUUUUGAUAGGUUUACACUUAAAGAAUAGUUGUGCUACUACCUCUGCUAAUUUAACCACCCCCAAUAAUAUUUUAAAUAAAAAAUCAAUAUUGUUGAAUAAUGUUUCCGUGUUCGGAUAUUGUUUGUUCCCUAUCAUGCUGUCCAGUAUAUUUAUUAUAUAUCUUUUACCACUUAUUUUGAAAGCUUUACCAUCUUCUUCAAUUAUUCUUAUACAUGUCCUGGAUUUAGUAGUCAAAUUGAUUUCCUGUUUUAUUAUGACAUAUUGGUCUUAUUCUAGUCUAUUAUUUUGUAUUAAAAACAGCAAUGCAUCUAUUAAUUAUGAAUUUGAUUUCAUUGCCAAAUAUCCUGUUUUUAUUAGUUAUUUGUUAUUGAGCUGGUUUGUAAUUGCUAAUAUUUAA